AUGUCGGGCCUUAACCCCAGAACGGUAGCUGCUAGUACCGCCCCGCCGCCCCUAGCAGAACCAACCCGCUCCAAUGAAAGCCUAUCUACGGGGCCCCCAGCAUCUGAUCCAGGGGUGGCUGGAGGCACUCCAGAAGCACCCUGUCCGCGUGUCGAAGCAGCACAACGCAACUCAGAUUGUUUUAUGCUCAGACAAGAAGCCCAGCCCCCAAAUCUGCCAUCUACUCGCUCAUACGCAGAUUUGUACGCGCAAACUCGAGAGAGAGGAGCAGACAAUGCGUGCAUUGUUAAGGGGGAUGCAGACUCCGUUGAUGCUGCUCCCAAGGACCAUAGAGACAACUUAUAUGCACAGAGCUACUCGUCGUUUGUGCUUUCCGAGUGUCCUGCUUUAGACCCAACUGAGGCUUCCCACCAGCUGCGAAAACCCCCAGUUUUUCGCGCUGCUUUCCUCAGAAGUGCCGCACAGCUCUCUGCAGCAGCAGAUCGCAUCAUGGUGUUGCUCUGGCGGGCUUUCACAUUCAGACUCAGGUACCCCAUCAUGACUCUCAUAGGCCUUCUUGCUCCAGUUCAACUUCGUACCAACCAACAUGGCAGACAGCGUGCACAUGACCUGCAACUUCGCUGCAUACAGAAACAGAACCCGCAAGAUGCCACCGGACAGCAGUUGUUGAAAUACGCAGAUCUAUGCACUCCUCCUUCGAAUCUGAUGGCGUCCUUUGGUCGCCAAUAUGACGGCCUGCAUUUAAUGUAUUUGCCGAUGGCGCUAUACUAUGCGGGCUUUCUCGCCUUCGUAGACAAAGGAAGCUCUGACUGUCAGCAGCUCCGCCUGUUCAUGGAACAGUUCGCCCAAACAGUGGCACCCUACCUUAUGAAAAAGACGAGCGAGAAGGAGCUGUUCAAAACGUUUCCCUCGGAAAAGGCCCUGGACAAGUACCGACGGGCCGCCGCAGCAGAAAGAAAGCGGCCGAUUCACUCGGCUUUCAUCUGCAGACCAGCAGCCCCAGGCCAACUAGAUGUCACAAUACGCAUGCACGUGCGCCGCGGAACGCCUCGUUCUUUCGCGAAUGACAUGGUGAAAUUUCUGCGAAGACACUACACGAGUUACAAUUCCACGACAUAUUUCGGGGGGGCCAAUUUUCUCUUGGAAGCGGAUGUGAUUGGGACGCCCAACGAAGGCAAACCAUACGGCCACCUGACUGGGGGCUUCCUGGACCUCUUAACUCUUGCUCAUGUAUUUAAUCUGGAUCGAACUAAAGUCCGCGAGCUCCCUGCAGGCUCUCCAGUUUCUCGGGAAUUUCAGCCGCAGUGGGAUCGGAUAUCCGAGGCUUUUUACAGAAUGUUCGACUACUUCGGCCGAUUGCCCGUGCUAGACAGCGUCGGUCUGUCGCAGGCUUACCGCCACUUGCUGCCUGCAUGGCUGUUGGGCCCCGGAUACGGCGUAGUUCGUCUGUUCACGAAACGAGCAGCAGACGCAGGGUGUGAUCUAGCUUCGCCUCCUAUGCAGUUGCUGGAGAAAAAAAUGGGAAUUGGACUAAUUAUGGCCGUCGUCGGCCCAUUGCAGGGCAUACUAAGAAACGUCAGUACCCCUGUGCGCAGGGCGUACAGUCCGAUCGAUUUUUUGGAGUCAGCAAUGCCAUUCGCCCCUGCAACAGUAAUAUCUCGCUCUGGAAAGCCGCAUUCGUGUGCUGCGCCUUUCGUCGUCUUGUUCGUUUGCAUUCUUUGGCAAGUAGUGAAGGCGAUUAUGGUGGACAAGGAGACGGGGUUCAAAAACAUGCUUAAGAUAUUGGGGAUAUCUGAUAGGGUGUUGUGGACUUCGUGGUACAUGUUCUUCACUCUCUACAACUUGCCUACGCUUGUAGGAGUGGCAUUCAUUUCGCAGUAUUUCGCCUUCACGUUCAGCGACAUUUGGUUUAUUAUUUCGCUCCUCCUAUUGGCGCUGGUGGCCUCCAUUUCCUUUGCCCUUUUCGUUACCGCGCUGUUCACCGACGGAAACCUUGCGGCAAUGGCUGCAUGCGCUUGGUAUAUUCUCAUUUGGGUUCCCAUUGUCUGCCAACGAUUCGGCAGUGCAGCUUGGAAUCCGCAUUUGCAGUGGCUCUUCAUGGUUGCCUGCCCUGCAGCUGCUCUUGGCGUGGGGAUCGAUAUUGCCUGGAUCUUCAACGAGCCGUACAUUGGAGGCAUUCGCAGUAGUACACUCAACACCUCUUCUCUUGGCAUUUCACUAGCGGAUACCUACAUUAGUUUGAGCAUAAGCACAAUUAUGUUCACUUGCCUCGGCGCCUACCUGCACAAGAUCCAGCCAACGUCCAAUGGGAGUCCCGAGCAUCCUCUUUUCUUCCUGUCCCCCGUUGUAAGCUUCAUUCGCCAAUCAUCUCGUCUAUGCUUCCGACGAAGGCCGCCGAAGAAUUGCCAAGAACUCCAAGAGCCCUCAGAGAGCCCCUUCUCCAGAGACAGCAGGGGAGAGGAAGAGGAUGGCAAGCCCAUCCUGGAGGUGCGUGACGUGCACAAGAACUUUCGCACAUGGAAAGCGAAGAAGUGCUCUCGAGGUUCAAUUCAGGCUGUCAGAGGGGUUUCCUUUUCUGUGUAUCGCAAUGAGAUAUUCGGGCUUUUGGGCCAGAAUGGGGCUGGAAAGUCAACUCUGAUUUCUGUCAUUACUGGGUCGCUUGCUGCAAAUAGUGGAGAUGUCCUGAUAGGUGGCGUAUCCGUACGGCAGCAUCCUUCCCAUGCACGGUGCAACAUUGGGUAUUGCCCCCAAUUCGAUGUUCUGCUUCCCUACUUGACUAUUGAAGAGACUCUCUGGCUCUAUGCAGCCCUUCGCGGUAUUCCGAGCAGGCGCCGAAGAGAAGAGGUUGCAGAACUCAUGAGCAUGAUGAAGCUCUCGGAAAUGGCCAAGGUUCAGGUGGUUGCCCUUAGCGGAGGCUGGCGUAGACGAGUGAGCAGCUCUGUUGCCUUCCUUGGAGAUCCAAGUAUUGUCUUCCUCGACGAGCCCACUGCGGGCAUGGAUAUUCUCUAUCGUCGAACGUUUUGGGAUUCCGUCCGCGGCUUGAGCAAGGGACGCUGCAUUGUCUUGAUUACGCACAUGAUGGAAGAGGCUGACUACCUGUGCGAUCGCCUGGCUAUCAUGGUUGACGGCGUUAUUGCAUCUGAGGGGACGGCACUGACACUCAAGUCAAGGUUUGGCAGCGGAUACAUUAUCUCCGUCAUAUUCCGGAAGCAGGCUGAACGAGAGGAGCAGAAGGCAAAUAAGAAACUUCGGCAGUUGCUGCAAACAUUCGAACACCCCCCGGCAAUCACAGAGGUCUCUAGACAUGAGCUACGAAUCGUUUGUCCAUUCAGCCACUCUUUUCAGCUGCCACGUCUCUUUUCCGAGCUGGAAGCCAACGCACACAACUAUGGGGUCGAGAGCGCUGUUCUCGGGUUUGCUUCGCUUGAAGAAGUUUUCUUGAAUGUCGUGAAGCUUUCUAAGGGCAGAGAUUCGGAGACAAUAAGAACAAACGAAGCAAACAGCAACAGCAGACCCUCGCUAGGUAGCAAUGCAACAGGAAACGGAAUUUCAGCCAAAUCAAAACUGAGAUCUGGAAAUUACUGCAGCUCAUCGCCGGCCUGCAGACUUCCUGCAGUUUAUGAAGGAGGUACAGCUGUGAUUCCUGCACAAAGUGCAUGGCAUGAGCCUGCGAUUGCAGCACAGCCUGGACACUUAAAAAAUAUGAGAAGCGGAUUCGAACGAUGUGAAGGAAGGGCCUCCAGCAGCUCUUUUCCUGCAAAUGACACUCCAGGGAAUGCAGCGGCCACCUCCCAUCACUCUGUAGGGGGUUCCAGCUGGCUGGCGGCCCACCAGAAACGGGGUCGCGCUAGGAGAGGGCUGCUGUGGCAGCUUGCAGUGAUUCGUGCACUGGUGGCCAAACGAGUUCGUCUUCUCUAUCGUGGUGAAUCUUUGUACUUCGUGCUGAAGUCAGAGCCACGUGUUCCUCUAACUGGACAGCAGCUGUUUGAAUAUAGACUCCCAAAGAGCAUCCACACGGAGGUGCCGUAUGGAGGGGCAGGGUGGAUGUUAGGGGCCCUUGACAAGUGCUACUCUCCCUUCAUGACUCACAAGAACGUCUCAAAAGGUGUGAAAAACAACGCGGAUAUGUACAAUUUCCUCUUGGAUGGCUAUUUUGGCCCUCAUCCUAUUCGAUUUGGUGCUUACGUGGCUCCUGAAGGCCAGGAUGACAUAUCUGAUGAAUCCAGCCAAUUAGAAGUUACCAUCUGGCAUAACUCUACUUUCCGAGACGCUAUUCCUCUGCACUACAGCCAUCUGAUAAACUGCAUAGCGCAGGAGCGCACUGGAGUCCCGGAUGCCGUAUUUGUCAGCAACCAUCCGUUUGAAGAUACCGACGACAAGUUGCUGGAUGGUCUUGUGGUUGGUUUCUUUACGGUAAUUGCAUACUCCUUCGUGGCUGCCGGAGUGGGGAAGGUCUGCAUAGUUGAGAGAGUGCGGAAAGUUCGGCAUCAACAGAUUCUUGCACAGGUCUCUCCGUUUCAGUAUUGGAUAUCUAGCUACAUUGUCGACAUGGUUCUCCUCCUCCUUCCCUGUUCCAUCAUUUUUGGCAUGAUGGUUUGGGUUGACAUUACACCCCUGGAAGAAUAUAAGUUGUUAACUAACCUCGCCAUGAUGAACCAGCUAACUGAUGGCAACGUAAAGGCGAAGGAGUUGGUAAAUUGGCUGGAAUUUUCGAAGACAGGAUGCCCCCUGCUGUAUUUAGGAUUGACAAUUCUGCUGAACUGGAUGAUCUGCAUUGCCGUCGACUGCGCUAUCAACUACCCCAUGAGCAGAGCGAGAAUGCUAACGUCUGUGCGCAAAUUCGUGGUUUCUCUAGUGAGGCCUGACGAAGAUACAAAGGCAGCAAAGGCAGUUCACCAGCUGCGGUGCCGCUGCCGAAACAGCCAGCCAAGCCUCUCUGCAGGUAGUCCUCUAAACCUUGAGGAUGCUGAGAGAGAUAAGGAAAAAGCUCAAAGGCCGUCUUCUCUAGGCCUACAGUCUAGUGCCACAGAUGGUGUUGAACUGCCACUAGUGGUGCACAGGCUUGAGAAGACCUACCCGCCUCCCAUACUGCAGCGUUGCUUCUGUUGCUUCUGCCCGCUAAACAAGAGCAGGGGUCCGCCGUUAUGCCGAUGCUGCAAACGGCCGCAGCCCACUCGAGCACUGAAGGGCGUUUCCUUCUGUGUGCCUCGCGGGAGUUGCUUUGCAUAUAUUGGAAUAAAUGGCUCUGGAAAGUCCACAACGUUCAACAUUGUCGGAAGUUUAAUGUCUCAGUCUGCCGGUUCUGUUUUCAUUUGUGGCUACGACGCUCUCCUGCAAACAGGAAAAGCACGAGCCAAGCUGCGUUACUGCCCACAGUCAGACGCCCUUUUGCCUACCUUGACUGGAGCGGAGCAUGUGUAUCUUUACGGGUGUCUUUUGGGCUUGAGGAGGCAUCAACUUCGUGAUUUCUGUGCGGAUUUCUUCGACGCGAUUGGGUGCAAGAAGUACAUGCACACUCUGGUCAAAUCGUAUUCAGGGGGCACAAAACGCAAGCUUAGCCUAGGUAUAGCGAUGUUAGGGGAGGUUGAUUUGCUGCUUCUAGAUGAGCCCACCAGCGGUGUGGACCCAGAAAGCAGACAGGUCUUAUGGCGCAUGAUUGAAGAGGCGAAAAACUCCCAGACGUCAGGCAAAGCCAUUGUUCUGACAUCGCAUUCCAUGGAGGAGUGCGAAGUGCUGGGUGAUCGCGUGGGCAUUAUUCACAAGGGCAAGAUGCUGUGUUUAGGCACCCCUGCAGAGUUGCGAUCAGCAUACGGACACGGCUACCAAAUCGAAUGCGUCUUCGUUGCCGCUGCUGUCUCCCGGGACCCCACAUUGCCCCGUCGUUUCAUUUCUGCUUUGCAAAAAACAUUGCCUACUCUCAGCGUUCUGCACCGCAUGGCGUACAAAGUCACCGCAUCCGUCGCCAAGGGCGCCGUCUCCCUCGCCACCAUCUUCUGCGAAGUAGAAGCUGCGAAGGUGCAUUACAACUUCAGUAGCAGCCAGGAUGCAGAAAAGUUGUCCUUCUUCCUUCGUGGUAAUGAGGAAGCUUGGGCGUAA